AUGGUCUGGAUAGCUGGUCAUUCUCCGUGGUAUGGUCCAACCCACUCGUAUGUCGUCGAUACAAAUUGCUCUUCAACAGCAAGUGGCCAUACCACGGAGCGCUCCUUCGAGCACAUUACCUCCCGUAAGGGCACAAAAGCGAACAUACACGCCUUGCUAGCGUUGCUAGCACACGGGCCAAUAGCUUCCGUUAUCAACCAGGGCGUCCUCGUCGACACGGAGGAAGUCACCUCUGGUGAUAGUCGCCAGCUAUCACUAGGGGUGCAAAAAGUUUUCAAGACGACAAUGAUCCGAUCGUCAUAUCUCCCCUGCCGCCAGCACGACACCAACGAUUUCGAAAUGGUGUCUGAUCAGAAGCAUGGCGGUAUUCGGCGUUUGGCACAGCGACAUGAUGGCGCCCGGCGGCGUAUAUGCUCAGUAAGUUCAACCCACCUCCAAGCGGCCUUUGGUCAUGCUAAUCUCUCGAGAAGUCAUCAAAGGUUCCACCAACAACCAAGUCGUCGAAGUCCCGACGCAUUCCGUCCAUGGGCCAGCGUUCGAAUGUGCUGUGAACGAGCCAUCCGCCGAUCCCCGCCAACAUAUCCAUCAAGGUCGUACACAGAUAUGGCUCCGGCUACGAGAUUGCUGAGAAGGCAGAAAGAAAGAGUUGAGGAGUGA